AUGGCUGCAGUCAUUGUAUCGCAAAUCGCCCGUCCUUCCAUCCGCCACUUUUCCGCGCACCGCCCACGUCCAGAUAGCCGCGCGGCUCGCGCAGUAGCCAUGACUUGCAUUAUCUCCGGCGUGGCGCUGCCAUUUGUCCCACCCGCGCUCGAGAGUUCGCGCCAGCGCAACUCCAGCUCUCCCAGCAUCAACAAACAUGAGAUGCGUCGCUGCAAUAUUUUUGCUUUCAUAUCAUUUUCUCGGUUAUUUCUGGCUCCCGGUGCCGGCACCAAAUUGGGACCUUCUACACGAUGCAUGAACUAA